AUGAAUUUUAAUUAUUUAAUAUUUACUUUAUUAAUUACUAUUAUUUUUAAAUAUUUAUUUGCAAUUAACAAUAAUAUUCCAAAUACUUUAAAUAAUCCAAUAAAAAAUAUUUCUCUUUUUGAAGAAAAAGAUGACAAAAAAAUUUCCGCUUUAAUGUUGGAUGUAUUUUUGCCUGGGUGGCGUGAAUGUAUUGAUUGGAAAAAGGGUAGCCCCUCUUUGCAAUGUGUGCCGUUUCCAAAUGAAAGGCCUGUAAAAUGUUCUAAAGAAAUUUGGAAUAAAGCUAUGGUUGAUAUUGAAAAGGGAAAACUUAAAAAUUGUUAA